CUGCUGACGACGGCUGACUCUGACAUGUAAACAACAAGAUGGUGAGUGACACGAAGGCAGUUAAGGGGGAAAAUGUUGCCAAAAAGGAGCCUCCGAACAGUAACCCUUUGUCCAGGAAGAUUAAUAAGAUCCUGGAAACACGUCUGGAAAAUGACAAGGACACAGUGGACGCCCUCAAGGAACUGUCAACUUUCUUCACAGACAACACACUCAGGAGCCGCAGGAACCUGAGAGGGGAGAUUGAGAAGCGGAGUGUUGGGAUCAGUGAAGAAUUUGUCACAGCACUGAGGGAUGUGAAGAAGGCAGUGGAUGACAUACACCAGGAAGUGAGUGCCAUGAAUGAAGUGUGUGUGGACAUGAAAUCUCGACUCCAGGCCACAAAAUCAGAGACUCGACACCUCAUCCACCAGACAACUUCACUCCAGAACCAGAGCAACAAGCUACACAUGCAGGAGACAGUAGCCGAGGCAUUUGUGAGGUGCUUCCAGUUGACACCAGAUGAGGUAGCUAUCAUCAAGGGAUCCAGCAGAGAAUCUCCCAUCACACCAGAGUUCUUUACCGUCCUGGACAAGACACAGAAGAUACGCAGCAACACCAAGUUCCUCCUGCAGACGGGCCACCAGAAGACUGCCUUGGACGUCAUGGAGCAGAUGAAUGUGUGCCGCGAAGCAGGUCUGGAGAGGCUGUACCGCUGGUGUCAGGGCCAGUGUCGCUCCCCAGAUCCAUCACCUCUACUCACACAAGCCUUAGCAGCCCUGCAGGAGAGACCGGUGCUCUUCAACCUGGUAGUGGAAGAGUGGGUGGUGGUGAGACGAGGGUGGCUGGUGAGAGGCUUUCUGGAUGCUCUCACCAUAGGAGGCCCUGGAGGAGCACCACGACCCAUAGAACUGCAGGCACACGACCCCCUGCGUUAUGUGGGGGACAUGCUGGCUUGGGUGCAUCAGGCUCUCCCUUCUGAACGUGAGGCUGCACAGUCACUCUUUGCUAAGUGCUCCAAUCUAGAUCCAACAGAGCAGACAAGGAGUACUGUGGCCAGCGUAUCUGAGAGUGUUUGCCGUCCACUCAGAACCAGAAUUGAGCAGAUGAUUGUGACAGACCAGCGUCGGGAGGGAGGCAAGAAACCCGUCAUGCUGUACAAGAUUAGCAACCUCCUCAGAUUCUAUCACAACACUAUUUUGCAGGUGACUGAUGCAGGAUUGCUGGUGGCCACCCUUGAUGAACUCCACCAGCUGAGCUACAAGAUGUUUAUAUCAGCACUGCAGAGUCAGGUGAGCCAUGUGAGUGAGAGAAUAGAGCCACCAGGAGAGACACUGGCACCCACGCCUGGUGUGGCACGCACCCUGAGUUUGCUCACUGAGGUGGUCACUGCUGCCACUGUGGCUGAUGAUGCACAGCACGAUUUUAAGCAGAUUGUGAGUUGUGUGGUGGACCCUCUGAUGAAUGCGAUAAGUGAGAGUGCAACUGGACUGGGUGCGGUGGAGUCUGCCGUGUAUCUGCUCAACUGUUUCCACCAGCUGCAUUCCACACUCUCCCUCCUGCACACCACUGGGGACAAAUUAGAGAUGAUUCAAGGACAGAUUGAUGCGCAGCUGGACACACUUAGCCAGGAACAGAUCAAUGGGGUGUGUCAUAGCAUGGGAGUGGCCACCAUGUACCCGCUGAUCACCAACCCACCCACCACGCCUCUCUCCCAGCACCCAUCAUGUCAGCCUCUGGCCAUACAGGCAUUCAUGACCAAGCUGGAUGGCUUCCUGGCUGCCCCUGACCAUCUCAUGCUGCCCCACACGAGGCUGCUACUUUCCUCCUCCUUCAGACGAUCCCUGCAGCAGCGCACAGCAGAAGCAGUGUGCACAGUUUACAAGCAACUGCAUGAUAUAGUUCAUGACCCAACCCAUGCCUAUACAGACCCCAGCUCCCUCUUACCCAGAGACCCUGAGACUGUGAAAACCCUCCUCUCCUAGCAGGAAUGCUCUUAGCUAAGUCACUGUUAUUGAUUUGUUGAAGGUUUCAUCUUGUGAGAAGUAGUGAUAGAAUGCAGUGUGUGUGUGUGUGUGUGUGUGUGUGUGUGUGUGUGUGUGUGUGUGUGUGUGUGUGUGUGUGGUGGGGGGGUGAGUGUAGCUUUAGUUGGGUCAGUCUUUCGUCUUGUAGUUUGAAUAUAUUUCUUCUCUUACUUGAUGUAGUUUGAAGUUAUGUCGAUCUAGAUUUCGAUCAAUUUUUUUGUGAAAUCUGUUUUAUAUGUAUCUCUCUUGUUUUGUUUGUUUGGUGGUAAUUCCAUUGGGAGUUAAAUGGUGUAUUUGUUUAUAUAAAAUGUUAUCACAUCUGA